AUGGCGACGGGUAUCGAGAACGUUGCCCUUCCCGUCGACUUGACUGCCUUUGUCCUGGCCCCUGACCUCUGUAAUACCGACAAGACUUCCAGGAUCGGUCCUAUAACACAACCAAAUUAUGUCGGUCUUCGACUCGAUGAGGCGUUGAUGAGGCACGACUUGGUAGACCACGUCGACUUCCAUCUAACCCAACCGGCCGACAAGAAUCCCCGACUCACAGACAUUGGAGCCAAUCCACCCGAACUCCGACUCAAUCGCGUCGGCGUCUACCUCCACUGGAGCCUCCCGCGGUGCUAUCGCAGCGGGAAAAUCUCGGGUGACAAUGUCCCGGACACGCCCCCCGACGAGGAGCAGCCCGACAGCAGCAGUCCGUCCUUUCCUGUGGUUCCCAAUCGUUGGUUGAUCGUGCGGAGACUGGCAAGUCAGGAGAGCGACGACGGGACCGUCCUUCCCGAGUUCCAAACCUGGAUCAUAGAGAGCAACCGCAAACGCAAAGUCCAAGACAUUCCGGACAGUGUCGAUCUCGAAGUGGACACCACUCCCUUCGUUGCCGAUGACCCAACCGGGGAUCAGGAUAGAAUUUUGGAGGCCCAGGCCGAAGUAUUUAUCGGACAGAGGCAUCAGUAUUCCGGCUGGGGGAGCGGAAACUCGGCCUGGAAUGAGCAAGAAAGCUCUACCAAUAGCCCCAAUUUUAUUGAUUUGACUGUGCUGGGGUCAUCAAACCCUCUCUUCCCAGACUAUGUUCCCCACAAUGCAAGUGCCUUCUCCCUGGUGGACUCAUUUGCAUAUCUGGCGGGAGACGGAGAGACCAAGCACUUGGUUUCGGCCGAGGCAGACUACUUUGUCAUUGGCUGGCAUUCGUUGUCUCAAAACGAUCCGUUGGCGACUCGGCCAGAGAACCUCCCGCUCAGUGUCAGCUUAAGCAAUCUCAAGCUGGGUCUGGAUCUAGACAAGCUCGGAGACGUGUCUGACGAAGAAAAGGCACACAUCCAAGAAAUCCUAGCGAGCGAGUUGCCUACGAGAGCACUAUUGCAUGGCUCGGUGUACUCGGUGAAAUACAGCAUGGAUCCUGCCAAGUACGCGACCAAAAGCAUGGCCGAGGAGGCAGCGGCCAAAUUCACCAAAGAUUUUACCAUGGAGCCCUUGUCAGCCGGACUGACGCCGCUGGACGGGAUCAUCACUUUCCUGCGCGCCCACGAGAAGGAGCACAUCGACAUCAUCAUCGGCGACGGCGCGGGAGAAGCUGCGAGCUACAUCCUCAACAUUGCGGAUCUGUUGUACGCCGCCGACGAUUCCUACAACGAGCGCGUCAAGGCGCAAGACCUGAACCUGUACGAAGGCCAUUUUGCAGGUUCAACUUUUUCUGGACACCAGUGGGACUUUGCUGAGAAAACGACGACAGCACAACCUCCGAAGGAGGCGACAGACGAGCAGGUGACGGACUUGGCCGAGCUCAACGAGAAACAAAGCAUCCUCGAUGCCGCUGAGCGGAAGCUGAAGCAGCGAAGAUGGGACCUGUUCUCGGAAUGGUGGAAAUACGUCAGUGACAAGAGCAACAUCAACGAGAGCAAAGAAGCGGAAUUCAAGCAGCGCGUCCAGGCCUUGCAAGCCGAUAUUUCCGGGACAGCACACGGGCUUGAACCCCUCCUGGCCAGCCUGCGGGCCCGAAUUGCCGAACUGUCUGGUGGCUCGACCGGCGAGGCCAACGACAGCCUGUACAAGAGGACAAAGCUGCCGUCGUUUUAUACUCGCAAGGAGCCCACGAUAUGCGUGGCCGGUGUGGAUUCCGGGUGGCCGGCAGAUUUCAUGGACCGUCUUCAGGUGCGGUUGGACAGUCAAUUCAAAUCGGACGAAACGAAUGUCCGAGGGCGAAUUUUUGGGAAUGCGGCCAAUCCUCUGCCCGCCGCAAUCAAAUCGACGGCAGAAAAGAUUCUGGGGGUGUGUCUCAGCAAGAUCAGGUCGUCCAAUAACCUAGACCCGAUCUACGAGAAAGGCUUCCAAGAUUGGGGAAACACGAACCCGUUCUCGCCGCUGUUUGUGGAAUGGGAGGCGAUAUACUACCACAUCGACCGAUCAAAGUGGACCGUGGAUGUUCGGCCCAGUCCUGUAGGACUGCCGCACUCGCUCGUCCGCUAUGGCGUGAGUGAGCUACUGGCGGAGAACGACGAGAAUCAGCGCGAUUUCAGAUACAUCAGCGGCAGGGUGAUGAUUCUCCCCCAGCCCAUCUUUUCCUUGCAGUCCGCGGUGGCGAGUGUUCUGGACAGCAAUGACCCCGACAUGGACCUGACCGAAGAAGAAAUCCAGGUGAUCAAAGACCACAUUGGCAAAUUCAAGUUCAUUUCGUGCCCUCUGACCGGCAUCGCCCACCAUCUUCUCACGAGAUCCUUGGGCACACACGUCAAGCCGACCAUGACGCGCCAAGGCAGGACCACGACGGGCCUGCGUGAGGCCGUGAGCGUGUCUCGUCCCAUCGGCUUCGAGGAUGUUCAGAAGAUCGGGCUCAUCAACACCGAGAGUGAUCUGACCCCGUACGGCAACCUGCUGAACUUUGCCACGGAAACAUACCCCCAGGUGCCCUUCAAAGGUGUCAGACACGGUCAACUCAUGCUCGUCAAGCUCAAUAUCGUCGACAAGUUUGGACAGGCGAUUGCGUUGCCACCCCCGAAACCCAAACUGCGCGUUCCCGAGCUCCCACCCCCGUCUGUGCACCCGUGCCUGAGUGACUUCCUAAUGCCAGACAUCCUCGACGGGACCAUCAACACGGUGUAUCCAGAGCCCGUUCAAUCGGACGGCGACUGGCCACUAAGCCGAUUCAUGCAGAUUCCCCCGGCCAUUAAUCAGGACGCGCGCAUCAACGCAACGUUCCUAACCCCGAUCGCGGACUUUCCUCACUGGAAAGAGACCGACCUCGAUGCCCAGGAAUCGCCCAUCUUCGGCUGGAUCGUCAUUAACUACCAAAACCUGGGUCUCCAGUUCUUCCGUCCCGAUGGCCGUUUCUACCUCGAGGUGCGCAUCGGCGGGCCAGAAGGCACAAACGUCGGCAGCAAAUGGCUCCCCUUCGACCCCCCUUCCACCGUCGACACAGGGAGCCCCCAGCUUGACGAACUCAUCUCACGGAUGCGCGACGCCGAAUUCCUCCUCUCCUUCUCGUACAUGAUCAACUCGGCCAUCAAAACCAUGCCGUACCCACCGUCCGAUUACUCCGAAUACGCCAACUCCAUCGUCGGCAAGCCCCUCGCGCUCGUCAACGUCGGCUGGUCCCUCGAGCUUGCCAUCCCCCCGCUCACCGCCCAAAACACACUCGGCAACCGCCCCACCGACGAAGCGGGCGAUCUCCUCUCCUACAACUUCCCACUCAAAAUCGGCGACGCCGACCGCCCCUUCGACGGCGUCCUCGGUUACUUCCGGUCCAACAAUAUCACGCAGGACCACACGCCCGACGUCAACCCCGGCCGGACAGACUGGUCCACCCUCUACACCUACUUCCCCGACCCGGCUGCCCCCGCCGGCGACGUCCUCGACAUCACCGCCGCCCGCUUUCCCACCCUCUCCCCCACUUAUGUCAACCCAGUCACACGCAGCGACGGGUCAUUCGAGGCCCUAAACUCCGACGAGACUAUCUCCACCACCCCCUUCCCCUCUUACACGGCCGCGCGCACUGCCCAAUCUCGCAUCGCAACCCUCCUGAUCGACCCGUACGCGCCCGUCCACGCCUACUCCCCAAUCCUGCCUGUCAAAGCCCUCCAGCUGCCUCCCUGGUCUAUCCAGCGUGCCAUGACCCGCAUGACCGCGUUCUUCCGCCUCGGCCCGCUGCUGCUCUCCCGCGACGUGCCCCACGCGUAUGACGCCGAUCGCCCGCUCGAUGUCGACUCGUUGGCCGCACAACUCCCCGACGAUGUACCGCCCGUGCGCAUACCCGUGUCCGGGAAGAAGGGGCUCUGGCGGUGGCUGCAGCCGUACGACGUGGAGCAACCAGGAGGGGUGGGUGCGACGGACGCGGCCAUGGUGUCGCGUUUCAAUGCGCUGAACGUCGAGGAGGAGGAUACGCGUAUCAGGAAGGAUGCAGCCCCGUAUACGUUCGUUGAGGGGUAUUUGCAGCUUGCGCGGCCAUUGUUGAACAGCGAGGUGAGAGGGAUGGUGUAG